GAAGCAGAAUAACAAUAUUUACAGUUGAAGAAAAAAGAAACUAGAUAUCAAUUAAAUAAGUAUCAGUUAGCCGACAGGUCUAUCCUGUCAGAACAGAAAUCGAACAGGUGUAGAUUACGCUUGGAAAUUAUUGUAUAGACUGCAUAACUUGAUCGAUAUACCUUAUAAUUCGCGGAAAUAUUAUGCAAAACUGAGAAAAAAGAAUCUUUAAUCUGGAGCCAUGGUGUUCAGCUACUCCGCGUCGCGCCGAUCACCGCGUCCUACUCAUCUCCAUCGAAAAUCAAAGGCGACGUCAUUAGGGGAAGGCGCCGCGGGCAUCAGACCAAACUAUCUGGCAGGUGAUAUUUAAUCAAUCGGCCCCAAGGAUAUCCGUCCCUCGCUCAGAAUUCUCCUUCUGUUCCAUCGGGGAAGAGAGAGGUCCUCCGGGUCGAGCCGGCGCAGAAGCCUCAUCCGCGGAAUUCGAUCGGCGUCCGACGUGACGCAGGCGCUUCACGACGCCCCGUCGACGCUUCAUCGACAGGAAGCUCUGCAUUUCGUGCACCUCUGCUCGUCCAGAGACUCCGCGCUCUCUGUGUGCUCGCUCUCACUCUCUUCGGCCGCGUCUCGACGUCCAUUCACACGGAUCUCCGCGACGUGUCUUCCGCGUCUCAGCUCUCCCUCGGAGCGAAAGCCGCGCGGACGUCUUCCACAACCCCCGUGUCCGUGAUUUCCGUUCUAGCCAGCCGCUCGCGGCGGAAGUUCUCGUGUCUCUCUUUCUCUCUCUGUUUUCUGUUUCUGUCACUCUCACUCUCUGUCUCUCGCUCGCCCUCGGAGCAACGCGUCGCGACGCCCACGCGCCAAAGCUCGCGUCGCCGCUUGCGUCAGGACAAACAUCAUACGGAGGCGGCGACGGCAGUCCGGACGUCACACACGCUUUCGCGUUCAUCGUCCUCCGCCGCGGAAAUCGGUCCCUUCCGCUGGAAAGAGAUAGCACGAACGCGUCUUGCGCACCGGAAAUCCAUCGCGAUCGCGCUUCCGCGGUAUCGCGGUAUCGAUCGGAACCGGCGGAUCGAUCCGUUGCGCUACGCGUCUACGGAUCUCGCAAAGACUAUGCCAUUGCCCAUCAGUAGAGAAUACUUGUUAACGAGAGAGAAAGCGUGCUCGAUCUACGCGAUCGAUUGCUUCUUCUGAAGAUUUUACUUUGUUCGUUCGCUCGACUCGUAUGUACGCGAUAAAAUUUUUUGCGCAUUCCUCACCCGCGAAUUCUGCUGUCCAGCUAACGUUCGACUGGUUUCAUCGGGGACAUUCGAGAAGUGAGUUAAAAGUGUUUUUUCGGGGCAAGAACAGCCCGGCAAGCGAAGAGGCUCCGGGACCAAAGCAACAGGAGAGCAUGGGCCCGAUGCCGGAGGCUUCAGGAUCGGGGGUGGUGGACGAGUCGGACUACUCGACCUUCGAGAAUAAGACUGGCCUGGCGGAGGACAUGAAGUUUCUUGCGAGCAUGCCGGAACUUUGCGACGUGACCUUCCUCGUCGGCGACACCCGGGAGCCCGUCUGCGCCGUGAAGGCCGUGCUCGCGGCCAGAAGCAGGGUCUUCCACAAGAUGCUGUACCAAGCGCCGAGCCCGCAACGUAAGAAAGAGCCGCCGGCGCGCGAGAACAAGAUCCGGCUCUUCCUCAAACGCAGCUCCGAGCCGUUGUUGAAUCUGCAAAACGCAGCGCAACAGCGGUCAGGGUUCACGCAGCAACUGGCUCCCAUCCAAGAGCCGCAGUCGAAUCAGCAUCACACGUUGAUUAUCGAGGAGUUCGAGCCCGAUGUCUUCCGCCAACUGAUCGAGUACAUCCACACGGGAUGUGUGACACUGCAACCCAGGACUCUGCUCGGUGUAAUGAACGCCGCUGAUUAUUACGGAUUGGACGAGCUCAGGCGAGCCUGCGCCGGCUUCGUUCAGUGCUGCAUAACCGUCGACACCGUCUGUGCUCUGUUGGCCUCGGCGGAGCGUUAUAUUCAAUAUAAGUGUACAAAGUCGUUGGUGCAAAAGGUACUGGAGUUUGUCGACGAACACGGUAACGAGGUGUUGAACUUAGGAUCCUUCACGCUGUUGCCGCAACACGUUGUCCGCCUGAUCCUCGCCAGAGAGGAACUACGCGCGGAUGAAUUCACAAAAUUUCAAGCCGCGCUGAUGUGGAGUAAAAAGUACUGCGACAACAAUCAGAAUACACCAUUGAAGGACGUGAUCGGCAACUUUAUCGAGUAUAUCCAAUUUCACAAGAUUCCAGCCACCGUGUUGAUGCAGGAGGUAAACCCAUUGGGUCUUGUGCCGCCAGAGAUCAUUAUGAACGCAUUGGCUUAUCAGGCAGACCCAACCAGUGUCGACCCCAGGAAACUCUCCCCCCACAGAGUGAGGAGGCAGGGCCGCAGCAUGUCGGUCCAGUCAUCGCUGGAUCCGUACGGCAGCAAUACGACUCUGAGCUCGAGCGGCUCCGAUGGCGGAUCUGAUCAGAAACAGCAUUCUGGUAGCAACUAACCUCAGGCCACGGCCGCACAGAUUGCGGCCGUUUCGGAUGAGCCUCGACGCGAGGAUAUUUGCGGCACCUACGAGGGAGCAGCGGUAGUGACGGUGACGGUGGAGGAUGUUGUCGUGCAGGAGAAGGAACAGAAGGAGCGAGCGCUGGUGCAACUGCAGCAGCUUGAGCAGCUACAGAAGCAACAGCAAGAGCAGGAAACUCAAAUAGAGCAGGAACCGUGUCAGUCACAGCGCCCGCAGGAAUCGCCUCAGCCGCAGCGUCGAAAGGAUCUUCAGCAGGAGACGCAAGUGGAACAGCAACAGCAGCAGCAGCAGCAGCAGCAGCAGCAGCAAGUACAGCAACAGCAGAUACAGCAGACACAAACAGAGGAACAGAAACGAAAAGAAGCGCAGCCGCAACGAAAAGAGCCGGGCCACCUGCAGCAGCAGGUGCGCCAAAAAAUAGAGAAGGAUAGAGAAUUGCAAUUACAACGAAAGCUGCAACAAGAACAACAGCAAUUGCAGCGUAAGCUGGAGCAUGAGGAACAACAGCUCCGGCGCAAGUUUGAACGAGAGGAAGGAGCGCUUCAGCGAAAGCUGGAGCAGGAAGAACAGCAACUACAGCGGAAACUAGAGCAGGACGAAGUUGAGCUGCGGAAGAAAUUAGAAAAACGAAAGAAGGAAAUCGAGAAGCAAGCCGAGCGUCAGAAGCAGAACGAGCAACAGCCGCAACUGCAGCGUAAGGACAAACAAAUACCGCGGCUGCCGGAAGGAGGUGAACAAGUGCAACCACGUGAAGAGGAAGAGCAAAGAACCCAAGAGACGCGACCCGUGGAGGAGGUGCGUCAAGAACCGCCCGCGGAGCAACAACAGCAGCAAACGGAGACGCCAGCGCGGCAGGAAGAUGAGAAACGACCGAAGAAGGAACCGCGACUGAUAGAACCGCGACAGCAACAGCCAUUGCGGCAGCAACAACAACCGGGGGUCCAGCCAGUCGAAGGAGCAGGUGGACUCUACAUCCGCGUGGUGCUGAGGCACGAAGCCCGCGCCGCUAACCUGGUUUGGCUGUACAAAACGCACAUAUUCUAAAUUCCAAUUUGUUCAUAGAUCGCUUCGCCGUUUCCGCACUGAAAAGAUCUCGCGGCGUAUUCGCGGCUUGGCGACUCGUCCAUCGUCCUCAUGAGCGGAGGGAAAAAAAUAAAUUUAUUAUAUGGGGAAAAUGUCCCUCGAAACUACAAAAGAAAGUAUUAAUUGAAAAAAAAAAAGAACGAUAGUUUUCAAAUGUAAUUAAUAAGAUGCAGAUAUUAUAUACACACACGUGUACAUAACGACAAUUCCUUUUUAUUUUUUUAAAAAAAGAAGAAGACGACUGGGCGAGUCUCUUGGCCGAAAACGCGACGCGCUCACCAUCGUCGUCGGGACGCGGCGAUACCUCGGCAGCUCGAGGUCACCUCACGUUUUUCGGACCGCGUUGGCGUUUCCUUCAGCGUCUUCACGUCGACGCGCGAGUCAGAGAUGGACGCGCGCCGAGGCUCCUUCCUCUUCCGACUUUCUCCACGGUGUAACCCGCGUCCAUCUCGAAUCGCGCGCGCGCGUGCGCCGCCAUACGUAGAUGUAAUCUCAAUCGGAGGAUUCCGUUACUGUCUCGAUUGUCCGUCUCGUCGCAGAACGCGAACGGAAAGGCGCGCGAUCGUGUUAUUGUUGAAAAAUGAAAAUAUAUGUAUUUGUUAAACGUAUAAACGUAUGCAAGUGUAAAUAUAUAUCUACGCAUGUAGGCGUACAAUCGUAGCGGGCGGUCGUGUAUCUCGGCGCGCGGCCGCGCGCCGAUGAUCGAUUCGAAACAGUUAAACGAGAAGUAAGUAUAGGUGUGUUUAAAGAGAGAUGCGCGCGCUUCAAUGUACGCGCUGUAAUUAUCAUUGUUUGCGCUCUCUCUCUCUCUCUUUCUCUCGUGACCCGACUUUCAUUCAGGCGCGACUUAUCUCGCGCGAUCGCUGUCUCUCUCUGAUUUAUCGUUCGCUCUUAUCAUCAUACUUCGUCAUUGUCCAUACUAUGCUUCAUUGUUGUUGUCAAACAGACCUUUAUCUUCGAAGGCAUUACUAGUCGAACUCCUCACACCGGACCACGUAACCCUCUAACGAUCACAAUAACGAUCUCAGAGAAACACCGCGGGUACGCUUGUUAAAAGUAGAUUUGAUACCACAGCCGGGACGAGUGCGCAGGUACAGUACAAGUUCCGUAUCAUUUCUGGACAACACGGACGGCGAUUUGACAGUAACAAAUGACUCACGAGGACCUUUACGUCGUCACAGGCACUUCCUUUCCUUCCUCUCUCUCUCUCUCUCUCUCUCUCUCUCUCUCUCUC